CAUCUUCGUUUUGUCGUUUCAUCUGAGUUUUUAGCAGCUGCUUCAGAUUCAGAGUUUAUUUGUUUAGUCACAACUGACUUUAACAAUUGCAAUUAUAAAUAUAAUUACUUUAAAAAAGGUUUUAGAAGGUUGUAAGUAACAUAAAUAUUGCAGAGCAAUUGAAAGAUGGACAGUCCUCUUCCUCAUAUAAUGGAAAGUAGUGAUAUGGCAUAUUCUACAAAGCCGAAAGAUAGGUUAGUCAGUAUUUUGGAUCAAAUUGAAUUACGAGUUGAACAGCUAAGACGUGAUGCUUCAAGACUCGAAGAAGAAAAAGACACCAUGCUCACGACCCUCGACACCUUGAAAAAUAGUGAAGAGCAUCUUGAACCUCUGGAUGAUUCUGAUCGUGAGGAUAUACUUCGUUACGCAGAAAGACUUUCUAUGAGAUGUUUAACUGUCGAAGUAUUGGUAAAAGUUCAACGCGAUGACGUUCAACAAGAUGCGCUCCAUCAAGUAAACGGUUUGAUUGAUAGUUUAGUAAUAGCAUUAAAAAACGAUCCCAAUUCAACACGUCAACGUUGCGCUGCUUUUAUGAACGCGUGUUCGUCUCAUGCGCAAGGUCACUCAGACAAAACUUUUGAAACUGCAAUUCUCGGAUGCACUUUGGAUGAUCAAAAACGUAUUAAAAAAAGACUACAAGGCUUAUUAGACUACAUCGACAAAAUGCAUACUUUCGAAUUACAAUAAAAAUUGUAAUAAAUUUUUGUCCAUCUACUGCAUAUAAAGACACUUUAAAUUUAAUUAGAGUUUUCAAACAAAAAUAAUAUGAUAAACAUAUAAUAUAAAUAUAAGUAGUCUGCUAUUUGUCUUUGGAAAUUCAAUAGCAAAAAAAUUCAAUCAAUAUUCAAAUGUAAAAAGCCCGCAUUUUUAUAUUAAUUACUUUCCACUGUACUGAUAUAUUACUCCAUUACGUUGAAUAUUUUUAAAUUUAUGUGCUUUCCAAAAAGUCAAUCUACGUAAAUUUAUCUUUAAUUAUUAUUAACUAAGUGAUAUUUAUAAUUAUUAAUUAUUACAUUACCGGCUUUUGAAAAAAACGAGCAUUAAAGCUCCGAAAAAAAAUUUUUUUCAUUAGUAAUAAAAUAUUGUAUCAUAUGUAAACGUAUAUACGGUGAUAUUCAUAUAAAAUAUUGAUUAGUUAUUUUCUUUUUAACUAAAUCAAAAAUUUAAUUAAUUAAUUUAUGUUUUUUUUUUUUAUCCAAAACGAUAUAUCUCUGUCAUAAAAUUGUUAUUGUCUGAAAGAGCAGUAAUAAAUUUUUAAAAUUAAAAAAAUAUAUAAUAAAUAAAAUAUGAGAGAAUGUUUGUAGUAUCGGCAAAGUUGCGUGUGAGUUAUACGACGUCAGUAAACGCUAAGAACUCAAUACAGAGCAGGACCAACUAACCGGGCGUUGACUCUUUCCGCUCAAGGUCUCAUGAAAGGUGAAGGACAUUUUAUUUACACCACAAUCUUAAUGAUAUUUUUUAAUGACACUAAUUACUUACGUCAAUCUAAUAAUAAUU